AUGGCGUCCACAAUCCUGUUCACUCUUGCUGGCGUGUUGGCCAAACUAUUUACUUCAGUCCAAAUACCAUCCUGCUCUUCCUCCGAUCCACGGAAAUUAUCAGCAACUGCAACCGAAUUCAGUGAGAUGAAGGACAUACUUCGUAGAAUUCGAGCCGUGCUAGCUGACGCGGAUCGGAGGGAGAUAGAAGAUCUGCAUGUGAAGAUGUGGCUGUAUGAUCUCAGGCAAGUCGCAUACGAUUUGGAGGAUAUCGUCGAUGAGUUGUCCUACAAGACAGUCCAAGAUGAAGCGGAGAUGAACACCGAUGAGCAUGCUGUCAAGAGGAAAUUUCAGGUACUUGAUACUGUUAACUCUCCGGUGAAUGAGCAUGAUAAAUCCCUAGAUUCAGAUAUGGUCGACAAAAUCAGCAAAGUCAGAAAUAGACUUAAUUCUAUUAUCAGCUUUCGAGAGAGCCUCUCUCUACGAGAAGGUGAUGGUCAAAUCAGAGCAAGAGCCAGCAACAUGCGUGCUUCGAGUUCUCUAGCUAGUGAGACGGGGAUCGUUGGAAGAGAUGAAGAGAAGAGUAAGUUACUGCAUGACCUCCUGAAUGAUGAUAAUGGUACUGACAACAACUUGCAAGUGUUUUCCAUAGUGGCAAUGGGUGGCAUGGGAAAGACUACACUUGCAAAGCUUGUCUACAACGAUGAGCAGGUGAAAGAUCACUUUCACAUAAGAGCUUGGGCUUGGAUAUCACAAGCUUAUGAUGUGGCAAGAAUAACAAAAGCCAUUAUUGAGUCUAUUCAGGGUGAAGCUUGUGGUCUAACUGAGCUGGAUGCUCUUCAGAAUAGGUUGCGACAUAUUGUUUCGGGAAAGAGAUUUCUAAUCGUCCUAGAUGAUAUAUGGAAUGAGAAUUCGCUCCAGUGGGAUUCACUGAGGCUGCCUCUAGACCGUGGGGGAAGAGGAAGUCGUAUUGUGGCAACCACAAGGAAUCAAAAUGUUGCACAGAUCAUGAGCAGAAGGAUGCCACAAAUUAAUUUGAAUGGCCUAAAUCCAACAGCAAGUUGGGCUUUGUUCUACCAUUGCAUUGCACAAGGAUGUCCUUCUUCUGUUAGGCUCUCUGAAACUCUUGAAACCAUCGGUAGAGGUAUAGUUGAGAAAUGCAGUGGAGUUCCUCUAACAAUAAGAGUGAUUGGAGGGGAGAGACUGGGUUCUUGA